AUGAAGACGUCGUCGCUCCUUCCCGCCGUCUCGGCGAUAUUGGCUCUCGUCGACGCGCAAACGACCGCGACAUCGACCUCCAGCGUGCAGGCUCCUCGAGUCACAUCAUCCGCUAGAGCUUUCUUUAUCUAUGAUACUCAUCCGACCGGGAGUCUCGAAGCAUCUGUCGUUGCGUACGAGCGCGAGACGGCAACAUACCAAGUUGUGUGCCCAACGGCCGAUGCAGCCUGCCAAAAGGAGGGUUACUGGCCGGCCAACGUCACCCACAUUGAGGGCUCUAGCUGGGUCGGAAGUAAUACGGCCACGUCCGGCAUCGUGAAAUAUUGGGACUGCCGGCUCGGCACUGGCGGCCGUCCCGUGAUUUCAGAUCAGUAUGGACGGUGCCACGUAUCAACGUCAACCCCCUCGCUCAGGACCGGGACUAUGGAUGAGGAGCUCGCCGUCAACACAUGCUUCGUGGAGGCGCGCUCUGUCGUUGUGGCCAUUACUGCAGGAUUGGAGAAGGUUGAGGCAGUCCACCGGAUACUCACGGAAUCCGAUGCGACCGGAACGUGUUCGCCCUUCACAAGCCCUGCGCCUUACACCGGUUCUCUUGUCACGGGGAGCUCAAGUUCGUCGUUACCUGCGGAGACAGGUGCCGCAACUGGUACGGGAACGGGUGCGGGAACGGGUGCGGGAACGGGUGCGGGAACGGGCUCGACGACAGGUGCGGCAAGUGGCACGGCAACAGGCACGGCGGCGACUGGUGCGGCAUCGGGUGCGGCGACUAGUGUAGCUUCGAUCAUCAUUGCCGCCAAUAAUAUGGUAUACCGCCGCGUGCCAAAGGCCAAUCUACCCCGCGAUCCUGUGACAACAUCCGAGAAAGGUCGAGACUGUGCGCGCGAUGCCGCAGCCGCAUGUGAGCUUCGGGCCGGGAGGGAUGAAAUGUCAGCCGGGCUUCUUGACAGCUUUCUGUCGUCGGAAACGCGCCGCGCGAGACAGACAAGACAGUGGCAUGACAAGGCAAGGCUGCGUUUGUUACCCCGCCUGUUCGAACUUUGGAUACGAAUGCUUCGGGACGUCCUCCUCUGGACUGUUGCCGGGCGCAGGGAUUAA